AUGUCGCACAACGCGCGCGAUGAGCACCCGACAGAAGAUGAUGGCGACGACUCCGGCCCGGAGAUGCUCGACAUGGACGAUGCUGCAGAGGAGAUUGACGGCGACGACGGCGGUGACGGCGGUGACGAUGUUGCCAUGGACAGCGGCGACGAUGACGACGAGGAGCUCGUGCUUGUGAACGACUCAAUUGCAUACUUUGACCUCCACAAGGACUCGGUGUUUGCGAUUGCGCAGCACCCCAAGUACCCGUCGCUGGUGGCGACCGGCGGCAGCGAGGGCGAGGGCGAAACGGCGCCCGGCAAGGGCUAUGUGAUUGACACGUCGGCGGCCGCGGACCGCCCGCUGCUGCCGGCCAGCUACAGCUCGGACCCCUCGGCGGCGGCCAACCAGCCUAGCAGCACGGAGCUGGCGCCCCUGUUUGAGAUUACUGGGCACACGGACUCGAUCAACGCGCUGACGUUUACGCUGCCCAACGGCGAUUUCCUCGUGUCGGGCGGCAUGGACGGGCGCAUGCGCGUGUACAGUGUGGCCGUGGGCGGCGGCUCGGUGCAGUUCCAGUUUGUCGGCGAGUCGCAGGAGGUGCCCGAGAUCAACUGGCUGGCGCCCUGCCCGGGCCGCGACUACCCCAACACCGUGGCGCUCGGCGCGUCCGACGGCUCUGUCUGGGUGCUGUCCAUUGACCCGUCGGCCGACCCGGCCAGCCCCAUCCAGAUCGUCCAGUCCUUCUUCUCGCACACGGCCGCCUGCACGGCCGGCACGUGGACCGCCGACGGCAACCUGCUGGCCACGGUCAGCGAGGACAGCUCGCUGCAGGUGUGGGACGUGUGGGGCGUGGCGGCCGGCCGCGGCCUGGUCCCAGGCGGCGCACAGGCGCUGUUGUCGCUGACGGGCGAGGACCAGCGGUUCGAGGUGCCCGGCGGUCUGUACUCGGUGGCCGUGUCGCCCGGUGGCACGCUGGUGGCCGUUGGCGGUGCGGGCGGUGUGAUCAAGGUGGUGACGCUGCCACGGUUAACGGGUGCGCAGGCGGCGGGCACGGCCAAGAAGGGCGCGGCGGGCGGCAGCGCCAAGCAAAAGGGUGCGGCACGGCCAACACCGGCAGGCCAGGGCAGCGGCGCAGCAGCCACGGACCCGGCACAGUUUGGCACCAUCCUGGCGUCGCUCGAGGUGCAGAGCGACGGCAUCGAGACGCUGGCCUUUGCACCGCCGCCCAUGACGUUGCUGGCUGCUGGCUCGGUCGACGGCAGCAUCGCCGUCUUUGACGUCACGCGGUCGUUUGCGCUGCGCCGACACAUUCGCCUGGCCCACGACGACUUUUCCGUGGUCAAGGUCGAAUGGGUCAAGUCGGCGCCGGCGUCGUUGACGGGCGGCGUGGCGGCCGGUGUGGGCGGCCCUGCACAGUGGCUGCUGACGAGCAUCGGCAUGGACGGCGUGGUGCGGCGGUGGGACCUGCGCAAGAACGUGACACCCGAUAAGCCCGGCGACAACGGCAUGGUCAAGGAGUGGCGCGGCCAUCGCGGCGACGGCGAGGGCGGUGGUGUGCUGGGUUUCGUGCAGGGCGAUACGGGCGAGCGCAUUGCCACUGCCGGCGACGACGGCGUUGUCCUUGUUUUUGACGCAUAG